CUGCUUCUCCCUGUUGCUCCACGCUCAGUGCAUAUAACACACACACACACACAGCCUAGCCUUCGUCAUCGAGGUGUAUAGGACUGAGAGCUCCGAUGGCCUUCGCACUUCCUUCUUACACGCUGGUGCUGUUCUUUCUCUCUUCUCUCCUCCUCCUGCACUUCGGCGAUGCACGACGACACCACGCCGUCGUGAGGCUGCAGGAGAGGUCGCCCCAUGGGCUGGCCUUCCAGGAGCCGAUGCCGUUCCCUCCGACGGCGUUCGAGUUCUUCCAUCCGAAGCUCCUCCUCCCGCCCGCAAGCGCACCGAUGCCCCUGGCGUCGUCGUCGUUCUACCCGGCGGCGACCUCGGCCAAGGUGAGGGCAGACGAGGAGGUGGAGGCGGCGGGCGAGCACUCGUCCCCGGCGGGGAGCGGGGGGGUCGGGGCCAGCGGGGUGGCGGCCGUGGUGCUUGGGCUGGCGCUCGUGGUGAUCGCGGCCAUGUUGGCAUCCUACGUCGUGGUGGUGAGGCGCCGUUCGGACGUGAGGCGGGCGAAAAGCACCGUACAGCCCGAUGCGUGAAGGAACCGCCUUAAGAGGAGUGGCGGAUGUUGUAGCGAUGAUGGCAUAGAUGGUAAUCAUGCAAGCAUGAGGUCAAUGCACAAAUAAGAGGUGCCUAAAACAAAUCGCGUUCAAUCUGUUAGAUUUUAUGCUGGAUCCUAAUGUUGAUGGAUAUUUGGAUUAAUAUAUAUAAUA